GAUAGGGUGGACGGAGAGCCAAUCAGAGAGCGCGCAGGGCUCUUUUAGCGCGAUACGACUGGAGAGGGAGCAAACAGCGUCUCCACCAAACGACCAACAAACGUGGACAUCUCCGGCGCUUUGGCUCGCGCAGAGAAGCUUUUUUUUUCCCCUCUCUCUCUUUCUCUUUCUCUUUCUCUCUGUUCAGAACACUUCGUCAGCAUCUAAACUCGGCUAGCACGGUGGGCUACAGGCUAUUCCCCCCAUUCCGCUCUUCUCAGAAAUCCCCAAAAAGAGCGGUGUGGCGAUCGUAGGAGCGCGCGCGCCAUCACGACGUCAUGUCAAUGUUGCCCUCUUUCGGGUUCACCCAGGAGCAAGUGGCGUGCGUGUGCGAGGUGUUGCAGCAAGGGGGGAACCUGGAACGCCUGGGCCGCUUCCUGUGGUCCCUGCCUGCCUGCGACCACCUCCACAAGAACGAGUCGGUGCUCAAGGCCAAGGCCGUGGUGGCUUUUCACCGCGGCAACUUCCGAGAGCUCUACAAGAUCCUGGAGAGCCACCAGUUCUCUCCGCACAACCACCCCAAGCUCCAGCAGCUGUGGCUGAAGGCCCACUAUAUCGAGGCGGAGAAGCUGAGGGGGCGACCACUGGGUGCUGUAGGCAAAUACCGCGUGCGGAGGAAAUUCCCUCUGCCGCGCACCAUAUGGGACGGAGAGGAGACGAGCUACUGUUUCAAAGAAAAGUCCCGCGGCGUGCUGAGGGAGUGGUACACGCACAACCCGUACCCCUCUCCGCGGGAAAAGAGGGAGCUGGCCGAGGCCACGGGGCUCACCACCACGCAAGUGAGCAACUGGUUCAAGAACAGGAGACAGAGAGACCGAGCCGCAGAGGCCAAAGAAAGGGAGAACAGCGAGAACAACAAUUCAGGCGCUAACAAACAGAGCCAGCUGUCCCCACUGGACGGCGGGAAGUCCCUCAUGUCCAGCUCAGAGGAAGAGUUCUCGCCCCCGCAGAGUCCUGACCAGAGCUCCGUGCUUCUGCUGCAGGGCAACAUGAGCCACCCCGGCGCACCCGCCUACACCAUGAGCGGCCUCGGCGCCACGCAGACGGUACACGGCAUGCAAGGACACCCCCAUCAGCUCCAGGAUUCAUUACUGGGACCUUUGACAUCGAGCCUAGUGGACCUCGGUUCUUAAGCCAUUAAGACUGAGAUUUUAUUUAUUUUUUUGUUCAUUUUGUACGGAAUAAUAGAACGAGAUCCGCCACUUUACUGUAGAUAUGAAACAUGAACGGUGUAAGUCUAAACCCCCAAAUCCGUAGUCUUGUUUUUUUCUGGUAGGAUUUCAUGGUAGGUAUUUUCCCCCCAUGGUAGGCUAAUAGCCGCAUGGACUGACAUUUGCCAAGUCGUUAAACUGGACAGAGGAAAAAAAACAACAAACAAACAAAAAACAAAACAAAAAAAAAACAAGCAACGAAAACAACAGCAGUUAAUAAAACCAAUGCUCUUCAUCAAACUUCCAA